CGCCCUCGCCUUAUAGCGCGCGCCUCCCUCGGCGACGGGACCGCUUCCCUCUUCUUCUCUCUUCCCGUCGUCUUGCACAUCUCCUUUCUCCCCGCGCGCUCGCUUCGGUUCCGCUCAUAACCGCCUCUGGUCCUCUCCACGGCACGCAACCGGAACCUUCCAGAAGCGACCGCCUUUCUUUCUGCAAACCGAUAGGAUAGCGACGGUGUCCCCCGGCCAGAUCUGCGCGGCCAUGCCCGCUGCCGCCAUAGGCGGUGAACCACCUCCUGCGCCGCCCCCACCUCCGGCGGAGGGAGCGGCGGCGGGGCAGAGGUCGGUGCCGACACCGUUCCUGACGAAGACAUACCAGCUGGUGGACGACCCGGCGGUGGACGACGUCAUCUCGUGGAACGACGACGGAUCCGCCUUCAUCGUGUGGCGCCCGGCGGAGUUCGCGCGCGACCUCCUGCCCAAGUACUUCAAGCACAACAACUUCUCCAGCUUCGUGCGCCAGCUCAACACCUACGGGUUCAGGAAGAUUGUGCCGGACAGGUGGGAGUUCGCCAACGACUGCUUCCGGCGAGGGGAGAAGCGGCUGCUCUGUGACAUACACCGCCGGAAGGUGUCGCCGGCUGCGGCGGCUACGGGGAUGGUCAAGGCGGCGGCGGCGACAGCGAUCCCGAUGGCGCUGCCGGUGGGCUCGCCGGUCUACUCCGGAGAGGAGCAGGUGCUGUCGUCGAGCUCGUCCCCUGAACCCCCAUCGCUGCAGCCUCAGGCGCCAUCCGGCUCUGCCUCAGGUGGGGUGGCCUCACUGGCCUCCGGAGACGUCGGCGAGGAGAACGAGCGGCUGCGGCGUGAGAACGCGCGGCUCGGGCGGGAGCUCGGCCAGAUGAAGAAGCUCUGCAACAACAUCCUCCUCCUCAUGUCCAAGUACGCAGCCACCCAGCAGCUAGACUCCGCCACCCAACACCUCGACGCGGCGGCCGGGAAUUGCUCCGGCGAGUCGGUGGAGGCCUAUCCGCCUCCACCUCCCGCGGUCCUCGAGCUCAUGCCUUCGUGCCCCGGGGCCACCGAGGCCACGCCGGGAGCAGAGAACGGGGAGGAGAAGAUGAGCGCGCGGCUUUUCGGAGUCUCCAUCGGGCGGAAACGAACGCGACACGACGGCGACAGCGAUCCCGAUGGCGAUGCCUGCGGCGGCGAGGAUCCCGUGAACAGAGUGGCGGAGGUGAAGCCGGAGCCGAUCGACGCGCAGCCCGAGCAGCACACGGAUGACAGGACGGAGCCGGAGCCGCAAGCGUGGCCCAUUUACCGGCCCAGGCCCAUCUACCACCCGCUCCGGGCCUGCAACGGAUCAGACCGCGCCGGGAGCGACUAUGACGGGUCCAAUUCCAGGUUUUUUAGGGUAAAUUGGAGGUCAGAUUUGGUACGUGGUGAGCAUAGCAUGUGGAGAACUGGGGAGACGUGGAAUGACUGCAGUGUAGUGUAUGCCUGUAUGGUCGGUCGGAGUGAGAUAUUCCGAUGGGUCGAGGUCGAUUCCAGGUAGAUUACGCUGCGUUUGUCACGGGAAAAUAUCUGGCAAAAAUAUCUCGCAAAGAACAUCGCGCCUACUAGAAGGUACGAAAAGACACUUUCUUCCAAGCGAAGUAGGCCAUGAUUGCGAUGCCGAAGGCGACGCAUAGUGCCACCGGCGGAUGACACAGUUCCUUCUCUUGUUUUGUUCUGGGUGCUCUUUAGUUGUUUCACACUUCCUAAUGAUCUGGCGAACGAUUUCAAUUGAUAGUGUGAACACGUAUUAAAGAAGAAGAAUAUGCGACGAUAAGUUAGGGAAGAGAGUUAGGGUUUGAACUGGAUUCACCGGGUGUCGGAUUUAGAGAGAUGCUUGGGAGAUAAUCAGAUCGCAGCAAGGUGGCAGUGGUGCCACUGUAGUUGCAGGUGGCCUGAGGGUGGUGCCCGUUGCAGGUGGCGAGGAAUUGUGAAAAUGGAUUGGUUAGUGCAGUGGCAAGUGGCGGUACAUCCGGCUGCGAGAGAGCCACCGGAGAUAACAGGGAGCGGGCAUGGUGAGGUAGCGCGGGUGAGCGACGGGACGAAAGAAGACUGUUGGGAGCAAGAAGAAGAUCCAGCGACCAUUGAAUUAAGAUUCAAUGGAUGAGAUUCGUCAGAUCGAAAAGGUGAAAAAAAAAAGACAUAUGAAGUACAUCCUUUUAGUUGUCUGAAUUUGCUCUAACCUGGUCCAGUGGAUGUGUAUAAUACUCGUAUUAAAAAGAUGUUUGUUGGGUCGCUUGCAUCCUGGUUUAGUGGAUGCCAAUAUACGACAUCAUCAUGUCCUAAGUGUUCACUCCACAGUUUGAUCUGGUGGAUGCAGACCCAUGUAUCCGCUCAUACAAGUGGGCCAACUAUCAGUGUCACAAAAUUAUCUUUAUAUAAGUAACUAAUCACAAUCCUAACUCUUACAUCCGUUUAUGCGAUCUUAGAUUCAGGUAACCAAACAGAAACUCAGUUUAACAUAUAUAGAUAGAUACAACUAAUCAAAUAUUUUUCUUUAUAACAAAUAUGACUCCGCUUAGCAUGAUUU